AUGAAGGCUGCAAUAUUGAAAAGUGAAACACCAAUAUUGACUGCAGCAAGAUAUGGCAUAGUUGAAAUAGUUCAUGUGCUUAUAGAAAAAAUACCAAGUUCCAUCUACGAAACUAACUUGAAAAAUAAAAAUAUAUUAUUAGUGGCAGUUGAGAACAAAAGGACCGUUGUUGUUGAGUCAUUAAGGAAAUGGUUUGAAGAGUGCAAUUUAAAGGCGAUAUUUGAUAACCUAAUCCAAGAUGUAGAUGAUAAAGACAACACAGUGUUACAUUUGGCAGGUACACCAAGUGAUGAAGAUUGGUACAUAUCUGGAGCUGCCUUGCAAAUGAUGUGGCAUGUCAAAUGGUUUCAGUUUAUGACAUAUAGUUUUUUGACAAGUCUAACUUUGAAAGUUGAAAUGAUUGUCAUUGAUAGAAUAUCUCUUGAUAAUUUGAUAUACUUUUACUUUAACUUUCUAACUACUUGCAUCAUGAAGCAGUAUGUGAAAGGACUAGUCCCAGAUCAUUUCACAGUUAGAACCAACAAUAUGAAAAAAACUGCAGGAAACAUAUUCAAGGAAUCACAUAAACAGCUAGUACGAGAUGGUAAUGCAUGGCUAAAGGACACAUCAGAAUCUUGCUCUGUAGUUGCAGCACUCCUUGCAGGUGUUUCCUUUGCUACAUCAAGCACUGUACCAGGUGGCAACAAAAGUGAAACAGGUGAACCUGCAUUGGAAGGAAAGCCUGCAUUUGAUGCAUUUGCUUUGUCAUCAGUAAUUGGCCUUUGCUUCUCUAUCACUGCACUCAUAAUGUUCCUUUCAAUACUCACUUCUCGAAAAGAAGCCAAAGAUUUCAGAAUUGAUUUGCCUAGGAAACUUCUUUGGGGAUUGAGUUCCCUUUUCUUGUCCAUAGUUGCAAUGUUCACUACUUUCUGCUCUGGCAAUUUCUUUUUGAUUGACCAAAAAUACAAGCACAUUGUGCUCCCCAUUUAUACAUUCACUUGUUUCCCUGUGACUUUGUAUGUAGUACUCUACAUUGAUCUUCUUAGAAGUAUUCUAACCAAAAUUCCAAUGACAACUGAUAAGGGUGAAGACUUAUAAAUGUGUAUAAUGAAUUGAAAAUGUGUUUAAUUUACACAAAUAAUAACU